GUGACGGAGGAGAGAGGCGUGUCAUGUCGGGUGACAUGGCGGCUCUGGAUCGAGUGAAGGUGCUGGUGCUGGGGGAUUCGGGUGUCGGGAAAUCUUCCUUAGUCCAUCUGUUGUGUCAGAACCAAGUCCUGGGGAAUCCAUCGUGGACGGUCGGCUGCUCGGUGGAUGUCAGGCUUCACGAGUAUCGGGAGGGGACCCCGGAGGAGAAGACCCUCUACAUCGAGCUGUGGGACGUCGGCGGGUCGGUGGGCAGCGCCAGCAGCGUGAAGAGCACCCGGGCCGUCUUCUACAAUGGCGUCAACGGCAUCGUCCUCGUCCACGAUCUCACGAACAAGAAGUCGUCUCAGAACCUUUACCGCUGGUCCCUGGAGGCCCUGAACCGAGACCUGCAGCCCACGGGCGUGCUGGUGACCAAUGGGGACUACGACCGGGAGAACUUUGCGGACAGCCAGAUCCCUCUUCUGGUCAUCGGCACCAAACUGGAUCAGAUCCCAGAGGCGAAACGCAAUGAGGUCCUGACCCGAACGGCGUUCCUGGCCGAGGACUUCAAUGCGGAGGAGAUCAAUCUGGACUGCACUAAUACCCGCUACCUCGCCGCCGGAUCCUCCAACGCCGUCAAACUCAGCAGGUUCUUCGACAAGGUGAUAGAGAAAAGAUAUUUCUCACGGGACGGAAACGCGAUGCCAGGAUUCUCGGAUCGGAAGCGUUUUGGCUCCUUUAAGACUCUGCAUUAUGACUGAGGUGCUGCACUCGUCAGGAGCAGGUGGGGGCGCUCGUUUUUGUUUUUGUUUUGAGGACCAAUACGGACAUAAGCGGUAUCCAUGUCCGAUGCAUCAGCCAAUGAGAACCCGGGAGAUGUCCAUGUGACCCGAUCAGCGGCGCCUCCUAAUCUUCUGACGGACAGCUUGAUAUCCAUGGCAGGCUCCGCCCUGGACGUCCGGAAUAUUCUGGCAGAUAUCAUGUUUAUACGGAACCUAUGGAGGGACUCUGCCCUUAUGGCGUCUGCCACGACCAGUGACCGAUUCUGUCUCCAUCUUGUGUAUCACCAGCCUGUAUUUUAUACUCCAGAGCUGCGUUCACUGUUCUGCUGAUUGUUGGUGGAAACAGUCAGCAAGCUUGUGGAUAUUCACCUCCCCCCAUAGCUCAGCUAUUCUCUUAUAAAGUGGGGGGCAGCGUUAACCCAUUGAUGUCUGCACAGAGCUGUCCCAGAAUGUGUUCAGCAGAGUAAUCUCUGUGCAGACACUGAACAAGCAGGGGGUGCUGGAAUCUGAUUGUAGGUGAAGAUCCUGAGAAUAAACCGGUCAUUCUGGGCUGUGUCUUCAGAA